CCGACUUGAGCUGACUCUUGGGUUCUCCGCCCUUCGCUUUGGCAGCGUUCCGCUCUCUCUUCUGCUGUGCCCUGCCCCGCGGUUAGCAACCCCCACAUGAAUACCCGCUGAAGAGGCGACCCUUGAUGGGUUGAAUAUAGCGUACCUGUUGCCGUUACCCAUGAUGAUCAGUUUCCUGUUGUUCGGAGGCUCGGAAUCUGAGUAUGAUAGAACUUGCAAGGACCCUUUGGAACGUGUUACCAACGGUGAGAUGUUUUUUUUGGCGCAAUGCUUGCUAGGCAGCGGUCUGGCCAAUCUCUACUCGUGAGACGCUAAACCACUUUGAUCAGUAGCGCCGGGUGUUUACGAGAUGCCGCAACUGAGGUAUCAACCUCCAUGUGCUUAGUUGCUUUGCCAUGUACAGGUGCAUGUGCGUCGGCACUUUUUAAUUCAAUUUAUUUUCUUUCAGCCACUACUUCAAUCACGCUCUAAUUUCAGCGUGUAUUCGCUUUCUGUAGUAUUGUGUGCCACGUUGCCAAUCGAAAGUCCUGCUGACAUCAAUUCUGCCAGUUCCCCGUCGUGCACACCACCUGUUAUCCAUUCAUCACCAUCACUGUUCACUCAUCACAGUCCAACAUGGUGCCGAUUCCUUCAUUGCGAAAAUUGCACUGUGUAGCGUCAUGUCGUACCAUAUCUCAACACCCGUUGUCAUGAAACACAUACACCCGAGAGGCUGCGACUUCGCUGCUGUGUUUCAGGCCUCUAGCAAUCCCAUCUGACUUCGAUAUGUUAUCGUUUUGAUAUGUUAUCGAAAGCACAUACUCACGUUGCAACUACUAUAUAGCCUCACCCAAGGACUGAAAUCAUAUAUAAAGAUCAUGAAGCAGCUGUGAAUUUCAGUCACUGCAACUCUCUCACUAUUUCCAUCCCCCCUUCCAUUUUCCAAUUUAGAGUUCACCAUCCCUGAGCACCCCUGGGGCAGGCGCAACCUUCCGAUUUUUUUUUACUUUAUAUAAUCCGCCCUCCAAUACCGCGACACCUCUACACCCAUUGUUUUUUAUUCUCGACUGCCGUUCGCUGUGCAUCAUCAUGAGUCACUCGCAUUCGCAUGCCCAUGCCCAUGGCAAAUCCAAGUUUCAGAUAUCCCGCAAAAACCGACUUCGCGCCGUUAUCGCCAUAUCCUUUACCUUUUUCCUCGCCGAGAUUGGAGUUGGCUUCUACACCGGAUCCCUCGCACUCGUCGCCGAUGCAUUCCACUACUUUAACGACCUGAUCUCCUUCAUCAUCGCUCUCAUCGCCGUCCACAAAACCGAAUCCAAAGACGCCCCUCCCGAGUCACUCUCUUAUGGCUGGUCUCGUGCCAGUCUUUUGGGUGCUUUCUUCAACGGCGUCUUCUUACUCGCUCUCGGACUAUCUAUCGCCCUACAAUCCAUCGAACGUUUCGUAUCUAUUGAAGAGGUUGAAAGCCCCAAACUCAUCCUCAUAGUCGGCAGCAUAGGCCUUGGACUCAACAUCAUCUCUGCCGUAUUCUUGCACGAACAUGACCAUGGCCAUGGCCACGGCCACUCCCACGGCGACCAUGCUUCCGAAGAAGCCGGUACACAUACCCUCUCCACGCCAGCAACCCACGCCUCGCACCUCCACGCAACCUCGACCACUGCCGCUAAAGGACACAUGGAUCUCGGCAUAGCAGGCGUGCUCAUCCACGUCUGCGGCGACGUAAUCAACAACAUCGGCGUCAUGGUCUCCGCACUCAUCAUCUGGCUCACUCGCUCUCCACACCGCUACUACGCUGACCCAGCCAUCUCCCUCUUCAUCGCCAUCAUGAUCUUCUGCACCGCUAUUCCCCUCACCAAACGCUCCGGAAACAUCCUUCUCCAAUCCGCGCCCCCGGGUGUCAGUCUCGACCACGUCAAGCGUGAUCUCGAGUCUAUCCCCGGCGUUCUUUCAGUGCAUGAGUUGCAUGUGUGGCAGCUCGAUCAGAAUAAGAGCGUGGCUACCGCGCAUGUUGUUGUGGAGGAGUUGGGUGGGUUCAUGGAGAAGAGGAAGGUUGUGGGCGAGUGUUUGCAUGCGUAUGGGAUUCAUAGCGCUACGCUGCAGCCUGAGUUGGUCAGUGAGGCUGGGAGAGCGAGUCAAGAUACAGCCGUGGGUGCGGAGGAGAAGAAGUGUGGAGUUACGUGUGGGACGAUAUGUGAGCCGUUGAAAUGCUGUGUUUGA